AUGUUAACCUAUGAUGAUAUUUUAAAGGACAUCGGAGAGUUUGGAAGAUACCAGAGGUGGAUUAUCCUGCUCUUGUCUUUAAAUGGGGUAACAUUUUCCUUCCUGACUGUUGCAUUUAUUUUCCUGGGAGUGACACCAGACCACUGGUGCAGGGGUCCCCCUGGCUUACUGGUGCUGGGACAAAGGUGUGGAUGGUCUCCGGAACAGGAGAAGAAUUAUACUGUGCCUCUGGAGAGAUCAGGCAGCCCCUCACACAGUCGCUGUGAAAGCUAUGGGAUAGACUGGAAUGCGACUUUCCUCAGCUGUGAAGAUCCUGUGUCAUUAAUCACCAAUGAUUCUGGAGAUUUGCUUCGCACACCUUGUCAAAAUGGUUGGUCUUUUGAUGGUUCACGAACAACAAUUGUCAGCGAGUAUGAACUUGUAUGUGACGAUGCCUGGAAGGUGGUUAUGUCUCAAGCAUGUAUUGAAAUCGGCUUUUUCCUUGGAGCGCUGAUCGCAGGCUAUUCUGCAGAUAGGUUUGGCCGAAAGCUUUGCUUACUGGCCUGUCUGGCUGGGACGGGAGUUUCUGGGAUUGCUGUUGCCGUUGCACCUACUUACCCAGUGUUUGUGAUUUUUCGAAUCCUACAAGGUUUAUUUGGAAGAGGGAUAUGCUUGACCAAUGCUGUGAUUGCAACAGAACUGGUUGGACCGAGAUACAGGAGAGUCAUUAUAGUUGUAACACAAGCAGCUUUCUCAUCGGGGAUAAUGAUACUUCCUGGUUUGGCCUAUCUAAUUAGAUCUUGGAAAGGAAUCCAAAUGGCCAUUACCAUUCCAAACUUUGUCCUGCUGCUUUACUGCUGCUUAAUCCCAGAAUCUCCUCGGUGGUUGUUGACACGCAAGCGGAUCAAAGAAGCAUUGCAGAUUGCCCAGAAAACUGCAGAACAGAAUGGCAAGAGUCUCCCAUCGACUUACAAAGAGAUGGUAAGAGGAGAGAAUAGUUCUGAAGAAAUAAAGAAUCCUUCCCUCCUGGAUCUGUUCAGAACACCACAAAUGAGAAAGCGAACACUUAUUUUAAUGUAUUCAUGGUUCACAAACAAUUUGGUGUACCUUGGGCUUAUCUUGCGUUUAGGAAUCCAAGGAGGCGACAGUUACACAGACCUCUUUGUCGUGGGUGCAGUGGAACUUUUAGCAACAAUCCUUGGCAUUCUGAUGGUCGAUCGUUUUGGACGGCGCAGACCCUCGUUGUUCUCCAACAUACUGGCAGGAACCUUCUGUCUAUUGGCGGCAUGUAUUUCACUCGGUAAGGGCUCAACAAUUCUGUACAGAAAUGCUGAUUCCUGGAACUUGUGA